CGAAAGGAAAGCAUAUAGGGAAAACAUUUGUGGUGGGUGGAGAUGAUGCUGAUGCACUAGGAAAGUCAAUAGAAAAUCCGAGCUUUUCAACUAAAACAGGCUCACCAAACCAAACCACGCAAUAUCAAACACAUGCAAACCAAAUAUGACCAACUAAUCACUCUAAUUUCUUAUAUGUCAAGUUUUCACAAAUUUCUUACCAUCAAUAACACCAUGUUGAGAGCAUUCAGCACAAGGAGAAGCAGGCGCGGCAGCUACGAGAGGUUACUCGCCGACGACUCUGCCAUUGAUGCUUCAGAGCUGGGAACCUUGGAGAGGUCUAAAACCUUGCCUGCAGCUCCAGUACUACGCUCCUCAGUGACUAAAAUUCCAUCACCAAAUGAUUCUCAAUCUCAUCAAGUCAUGAAACCUGCCGCUAGAAGGGCUAGCAAGACUCAUCCACUCCUUAGUCUAUUUGAUGCCCGCCGGAAGAGGAAGACUGCAGCUAAGCCGGAAUUUACAAGGUAUUUAGAAUAUGUGAGAGAGGGAGGCAUUUGGGAUGUUAAUUCAAAUAUGCCUGUCAUUUAUUACAAAUGAGAAGCAUAUGUAUUCAGUAUUUAGCAUUUAAUUAACUUACUUGGGCGAGUUUAUAUGAAUUCCUGCUCCAAAAUUAAAUUAAAAAAUUUGGGGAAAUGAUAUAGAGAACCAGUUAAUAACCA